GACGGAAGCAUCGCCAGAUGCCUGGGGGGCCCUCGCUGGGUCUCUGCUUCUUCUUCGUGAACAGCCUUUCAUCUUCCGCUGGCAAGAAAGAUGUGGAAGGCUUCGGCAGGCCACACCCUGUCCGUCACCCAGGACGACAGUGGCGCCGACGACUGGGAGACCGACCCCGACUUCGUGAACGACGUGAGUGAGAAGGAGCAGAGGUGGGGCGCCAAGACCGUGCAGGGCUCCGGGCACCAGGGGCACAUCGACAUCCACAAGCUGAGGGAGAAUGUGUAUCAGGAGCACCAGUCCCUCAAGGAGAAGGAGCUGGAGACAGGACCGAAGGCCUCGCACGGUUACGGAGGGAAGUUUGGCGUGGAGCAGGACAGGAUGGACAAGUCGGCUGUCGGCCACGAGUACCAGUCGAAGCUCUCCAAGCACUGCUCGCAGGUCGACUCCGUCCGGGGCUUCGGAGGCAAGUUCGGUGUCCAGGUGGACAGAGUUGACCAGUCUGCUGUGGGCUUUGAGUACCAAGGGAAAACUGAGAAACACGCCUCCCAGAAAGACUACUCGAGCGGCUUCGGCGGCAAGUACGGCGUGCAGGCCGACCGCGUGGACAAGAGCGCGGUGGGCUUCGACUACCAGGGCAAGACGGAGAAGCACGAGUCCCAGAAAGAUUACUCCAGAGGCUUUGGUGGCAAGUACGGCAUCGACAAGGACAAGGUGGAUAAAAGCGCUGUCGGGUUCGAGUACCAAGGCAAAACAGAGAAGCACGAGUCCCAGAAAGACUACGUGAAGGGCUUCGGGGGGAAGUUCGGCGUGCAGACGGACAGACAGGACAAGUGCGCGCUGGGCUGGGACCACCAGGAGAGGCUGCAGCUGCACGAGUCCCAGAAAGACUACUCCAAAGGCUUCGGCGGAAAGUACGGGGUGCAGAAGGACCGGAUGGACAAGAACGCCUCCACCUUUGACGACGUCUCCAAGGUGUCCUCCACGUAUCAGAAGACGGUCCCUGUGGAAGCCGCCAACAGCAAGACCAGCAACAUCAGAGCUAACUUUGAGAACCUGGCGAAGGAGAAGGAGCAGGAGGACCGGCGGCGGGCGGAAGCGGAGCGGGCCCAGAGGAUGGCCAGGGAGCGGCGCGAGCAGGAGGAGGCCCGGAGGCAGCUGGACGAGCAGGCCAGAGCCCAGAGGCAAAGCCCGCCAGCGACCCCGACCCCGCAGCCGGCUCAGGAGAGGCCGCCGUCCAGCCCCAUCUAUGAGGACGCUGCUUCGUUCAAGGCCGAGCCGAGCCGUGGGGUCCCCGUGAGCGAGCCCGAGCCUGUGUGUGGCAGGGAAACCUCCGACUACCGGGAGGCCGGUAGCCCGCAGGGCCGGGCCUACGCCGCCGAGGCUGUCUACGAGAGCACAGAGGCCCCGGGCCACUACGCAGGAGAGGAAAACGCCUACGACGAGUAUGAGAACGACCCCGGGAUCACAGCCAUCGCCCUCUACGACUACCAGGCUGCGGGCGACGACGAGAUCUCCUUUGACCCCGACGACAUCAUCACCAACAUCGAGAUGAUCGACGACGGCUGGUGGCGUGGGCUGUGCAAGGGCAGGUACGGGCUCUUCCCGGCCAACUACGUGGAGCUGCGGCCGUAGCGCCGCCACUGGCUGCCCGCCGCCCGCCCUCCCCCGCCUUCCUCCCGCAUCCGGGGCGGGCGGGGGCGUCGCACUGCUUUUAUAUUUAAUACUCCUGCCGACGCUUCUGAAAAUGUUCACGCCACAGAAUUUGCUAAUGUAUUGUAAUCAUGUUCUUGGGAGGCCUUGGGGAAUUGAUUUUAUGCAUUCAAGGUGUUUCCUUUUUUUGCCAAAUUGUCUCACGUGGAGCUACUUUGGGGACCUUUAGUUCAUCCGAGUACAUGGUGUCCUCGCCCCCGCGGUCAGCGGGCGAGACCCCAGGACAAACACGAGACCUGUGCCUCCGUCGCCUGCCGCCACGACACUGCCCGGUGGGUGCCAGGCUGGAGUCGCUGUCCCCAGGAGAGUCCCUCUUGAGUGUCAGUGUUCGGAGUGGGAGGGAGGGGCCUGGUAGAAAGUCCGAAUUGAGGGACAUUGCUAGAAAGCACGUGAGUUUGAACAUCGGAUGGAAAAGCCUUUCACAUGUGAAGUCCCGCAGGUCUUGAGUUUGGCAAGGACCCCGGUCUUUGUUCCUUGUCGCCCGUCUCUCCCUCGGUCCCUCACCUCCCGUCACCCCGGUCCCGGGAGGGCCACCGAGCCCUGCCUGUGCCCGAGGUGCAGUGUCAGCCCCUGAGACGCUGCCCUCCCGCGGCUCCGGCUGCGGGCCCCAGACGCCCGGGUCCGAAGGCCUGCACUCAGCCGGCUGUGUGGACGCGCGUGCUGCGAAGGGACGGCUGCUUCGCCGAGGGAGCGCCGGCGCCGUCUCCCUGGAAGGGAGUCGUGCUCUUUUGCCAAAGUAUCAACUUAAAUGACAAUAAAAUUUGAUGGAUUGAUGUGACUAAAAAUACGACGUAAAUGGCCGGUGCUCUGACCUGGGCCGCCCCUGUGGUGGCACCGUGGACCCCGUGUGGGGAGCCAGAGCCCGGGGGCGGUGGGCGGCGGCGUCCGUCCGGGGCGCAGGGAGCAGCUCGGCGUCUGGCGGCGGCCCGGCGCCCGCCCUUGGGGCGUUACCACUGCGCCUGCUUCAGUGAGGUUGGGUUUAUAUGCGAUUACGGCAUCUGAAUUUCUGUAGCGCACCUCAUAGGUAUGAUUUUUUUAAAUUAA